AUGAGCGGCGGUGGUGAGGGCGGAGACGGAGAGCAUACCGGUCGUAGGGGGUUAUUUGAGCCCGUGGGCAGGGUUGACAGGCAUGCUGAAGCCCUGGCGGGAUCUGGGGCCUGGCGGUCGAUGGGGGGAGCAUUUUGGUGGAUUUGGCUCUCCAGCCGCGAUCUGGAGAACGGGCUUCGAGGUCGUGAGGAUCGGCUGUGCGAGGGUCAGCGCACCUGCGUCAAGUCGAUUGUGGCGCCAGCUCGGUCGAGACCCAGCGCCGUUGCCAGGCCAGGUUGCUCAUCGACGAUGCGGCCGUCAGCGCGUCGAUGCCCGCGAUCUCCUCCACCGCGAUGCGUGGCCACACUGUGGUUUGUACGGCUUCAACGUCCCAUCGGCGCCAUCUUUCAUCAGUCAAGCACGGCACUCUGUCUCCGGACUUCAGCCCUGCAGCAUCAACGCUCGGCUGCAACCGCACAAGCGCCCCUAAAGCAGCGCGAUCGGCCCUGCGAGCCGACUGGCGCACCCUUUGCGGCCCGCGAGGCUGGUGCAGCGCGUCCAAUCAGCACGGCGGGGCCAGCUGCUUCACGACGUAUGAGGUCAUCGCCCCAGAAAGGACUCCGGCCAAGGCUUCAUCUGCUCGUUGUGCGCGUUGUGCCCGUGGUGCCCGUGCCGUCGAAGGCCGCCGUGGGCCCUGAUACUCGCGUCAGGGAAGCCGGGAGAUGCGCGUCCCUGCACAGAUCGAGAAACACGAGGCCAUCGGCACACACCGCCAUCCGUGAGGGGCCUGCGCGUGCCCGCUGUGCAGAGAAACUUCGCGAAAGACGCCGCCAUGACUUGCGCAUACCGCCCCAGCCUGCCUCUUUGGUGCUCAACGAUGCGGCUGCACACGCUCUGCCAUUGGUGAGGGUGCUGAGGGGUCUCCUAGCGGCGCACAGCAUCGUUCGAUUGCGGAUGAAUUCGCUUUACUGGCCCUGA